AUGGGCCGCUUAAAACAAAAAGGAAAAGCCGGUGCAGCAAAGGCGUACAUUACACGCACUGCUGCAGUGAAAAAGCUCCAAUGCUCUCUCGCAGACUUUCGACGACUCUGUAUUCUAAAGGGCAAGUCUGGCUUUCGACUUUGUAUUUACCCACGAGAACCACGCUCGAGAAAAAAGGCAAACAAGGGAAACUCUGCCCCAACGUCUUUUUACUAUGCCAAAGACAUUGCCUAUUUGCAGCACGAGCCCGUCCUGCGAAAACUCCGAGAACACAAAGCGUUUGCCAAAAAGCUCAGUAGAGCAAUGGGAAGGGGAGAGUGGGGAAUUGCCAAGGGUCUCGAGGAACGAAAACCAGUAUACCGACUGGAUCACAUUGUCAAAGAAAGAUAUCCAACGUUUAUUGAUGCGCUGCGCGAUAUCGAUGACCCCCUCUGUCUGAUUGCCCUCUUUGCCACCUUGCCGACCAACGAACGGAUACCGCCUUCCCUAAUCGAAAAUUGCGCUCGUCUCUACAACGAAUGGCAACUCUAUGUCAUUCACACAAAGAGCUUGCGCAAAGUCUUUCUCAGCAUCAAGGGCGUCUACUAUCAAGCGGUCGUACCAUCUGACGUCGACAUAAGGGUUAUGCUCACUUUCCUCGAACUAUAUCAGACACUUCUAGGCUUCGUCUUCUUUAAGCUAUACACCGACGAAGGUUGGACAUACCCGCCCCCGCUCGAUGUCUCCAAGGAAGAAAAGGGUGCUGGCAUCGGGGCACUGGCCAUUAUCGAGAAGGCCAUCACAAGCAAUACCGCUCCCGAAGGCGCGCCUAGUACCCUCACAGGAAAGGACGUUCGAAAAGCCAUCAAGGAGCUCCGCACCGAUGCGUCGUCUUCUCAGCAUGCCCCUUCCUCUACAAUGGAAGUCGACACAGCCCCAGUGGAAGAGGAAGAGGAAGAGUUUGUACCACAAGCCUCUAAAUCGGAUCCAAACGCGAUGCAAACGUCUGUGCUUCCGACGUAUCAGACCAUUGCCGCCGCAGCCGGUACGCUCAACGCCACCUCUCGACUCUUUGAGGGUCUCUCCUUUUGGCUUUCCCGCGAAACACCACGAAGUCUACUUGAAUUUGUCAUUCGUAGCUUUGGUGGUAAAGUUGGAUGGGAUGAGACUGUCGGCGGUGGAAGUCCGUAUGACGAGAGUUGGGAAGGUAUCACGCACGUUAUCAUUGACCGACCUGCUGUGGCCGGCAAAGGUCCUUCUGUAUCAGGGACAUCGAUGACGGCAGGUACCCUCGACCCAACAGAGGAGGGCAAGCGGCGGAAGAGGAAAUACGUUCAGCCUCAGUGGGUCGUCGACUGCGUCAAUGCGGAAAAGCUUCUCAGUGAGGACAAGUAUGAGCGCGGUAAAGUCCUCCCUCCACAUCUAAGUCCCUUUGGCGAAGAGGAAGGCGCGUAUCAGCCCAAGAUGGAUACGGAAGAUGGUCCUCAUGGAGAUGCUGCGAUGAAAGACGCCGAGGAGGAGGAGAGUGAGAGCGAGAGUGGCGAGGAGAUUAUCGAAGGCGAGGAGCUGCCCGACGAAGAAGAGGAAGAAGAAAGCGAGGCAGAGGAAACGAAGGACGAUAAGAAGAGGAAGAAAAAGGAAGCCAAGGCACUUCGCAAGGCACAAAAGGACAUUGCCGCUGCCAACGCGGAGGAUAUGCGUGCUGCAGAGCUCGAGGCCGAGGCCGCUGGUGUCAGCUAUGCCGACUUUGAACGCAUCGUCAAGAAGGCCGUCAAGGGCAAACCCUUGACGACACUUCAAGGGGAGGAUACAGAGCUGGCGGAAAAGGACAUGAACAAGAUGCUCAUGAGCAACAAGUCGAAGCGAAUGUACGAGAGUCUAAAUCGUCAAAAGCGAAAGAGGGAGGAAGAGAAACAUGUGCUCGAGCAAAAGAGGGCAGCCAUCGACAAGGCCAAGCAAAAGGAGGCCAAACAGGCAAAAAAGGCUCGUGUAGCCCAGAAGUAG